AUGACUACGACCGCAGCAAAAUUGCAACCAUUCAUUGACGCAGGAACACAUCCAGAGUCAUAUUACGAUAAAUUAUUACCUCCUACUAGUGCUCAACUAAGAAGAUGGUUGUUAUCGACUAUUCGCAAAGAAACAAGAUUACUUGCCAAAAUUCAAAAUUCUUUACAUCAUCCAUUACUUGACUCGUUUUUUAUGUAUUCAUCCGCAUUGGGAUCGCAUACAUUUUUCAUCUUAUUUUUGCCGAUAUUUUUUUGGCUUGGUUAUGGUUCAGUUGCGAGAAGACCGUUAUCUCCACCAAUCCGUCGUUUAUCUACAGGAACGCAUCAUCUAGAAUACGGAUUUCCAUCAACACAUACUACAAACGCGGUAUCAAUUGCACUCUACUUACUAACAAACAUAUAUGAUGUCGAAUCGAACAAUAUGCUUAAAUUUGUUGGUACAAUUUGUCUGAUUUUUUAUUGUUUGAGUGUAGUUGCUGGACGUAUAUAUUGUGAUGUGUUAGCGGGAUUUAUUUUGGCAAUAUUGAUUUGGUGGAUUCAUUGGUCUUGGCAAAUUCAAAUUGAUGCAUUUAUUCUCAAUGAAAGUCAGAAUGGUGCAGCAGUCGGUAUGAUUAUUGGAAGCUGGAAUUUUUCAAAUGCUGGUUUCUCGAAUAAGGGUAAUGUGCCUUGUGAUUUUAACUCUAAUGGACUUGCUGUAACAAUAUCACGUGUUAUUUUUGGACUACCGAUAAUUUUCACGUGGAGAAUUAUAAUGAAGAAAAUUUUACUAGUUGUUCUUUCUCCCAUUUAUAAAGCAUUUGAUUUGAUAUAUCAAGAUAUUUCUAUUAAAAAAAAGAAUAUAGUUCCGCCAAUUGAUAUGAUAAUAAAACUGAUAGUCUACACAGGUAUAGGAUGGCUAGUUGUUGACGUGAUUCCUGCAUUAUUUGAAGUUUUUGGAAUAGGAAUGUGUGUUAGAUAG